GAGGAGCAGGCUGAGCACACGUGAUGAGAUCAAAGACCUUGCAGCAGGGUCUUUCUGAGUGAGAGAGCCACAGCCUGGCACAUCGAUGUGCUGCAGAACUUGGACAAUACUGGUUUAAGGACUGUGCCGAGCCGGUGAAACAGACAUGGCCCCUGCGGCAGCCGCCAAUCUGGGCUACACCCCGCCUGACGGAGGCUGGGGUUGGGCUGUAGUCUUUGGUGCUUUCAUCUGCAUAGGCUUCUCCUAUGCCUUUCCCAAGUCCCUAACCAUCUACUUUAAGGCGAUUCAAGAGUAUUUUUCAGUUUCCUACAGUGAGAUUGCAUGGGUGUCCUCAAUUAUGCUUGCUGCCAUGUAUGCAGGAGGACCUGUAAGCAGCAUACUUGUCAAUCGCUAUGGCAGCAGACCUGUGGUUAUGCUCGGCGGGCUCAUGGUUGGGAUUGCCAUGGUGACUGCUUCUUUUGGAAAAUCUAUCAUGCAUAUAUAUCUGUGUGUAGGAGUAAUUGGAGGUUUUGGCCUUGCCUUCAACCUGCAGCCUGCCCUAACUAUCAUAGGUACUUACUUCCAUGUUAAAAGGCCACUGGCGAAUGGGCUGGCCAUGACCGGCAGCCCAGUUUUCCUCUCCACUCUUGCUCCUCUCAAUCAGUUUCUAUUGGACUCUUUUGGCUGGAGAGGGAGCUUCCUCAUUUUGGGAUCCUUUACUUUGAACUGUUGUGUAGCUGGUGCACUAAUGAGGCCAGUCCACAAACAGAUAAAACCCAAACCUAACGCUGAACCACCCAAGUCAAAUGGACCAGCUCAUGAGAAAGCUGCUACUGAGGAUACUCAUGCACAGUCAGCUGGCCUGCUCGCUGAACAAGAGCAAAGCAGGAGCAGUAGGAGUCAGGGCUGCGCCAGCAAAUUUGUAGAUUGGUCACUUUUCAGACAUCGAGGCUUCAUGAUCUACCUCGUUGGUAAUGUGAUCAUGUUUUUUGGCUUUUUUGCACCAGUGGUUUUUCUGGCUCCAUAUGCCAAGCAUCAAGGGAUCGAUGAAUAUUCAGCUGCUUUCCUGCUCUCUAUUUUGGCCUUGGUGGACAUGUUUGUUAGACCAGGAACUGGUCUCAUAGCCAACACCAAGUGGAUUAGACCCAGGAUCCAGUAUUUUUUCAGUUUAGCAGUUGCAUACAAUGGUGUAUGCCACCUUUUAUGCCCACUGGUACCUGGAUAUGUGGGGCUGGUUCUUUAUGCUGUCUUUUUUGGUGUGGCUUUUGGUAUGGUCUCUUCGCUGCUCUUUGAAGUUCUCAUGGAUCUAGUCGGAGCUCAUCGCUUCUCCACUGCAGUUGGACUUUGCACCAUAAUCGAGUGUGGCCCUGUGCUUCUUGGACCUCCAAUUUCAGGGGCACUGGUUGAUAUUUACGGGGACUACAAAUACAUGUACUAUGCAUGUGGUGUGAUGAUGCUGGUGCCUGGCAUUUUCUUCCUCAUCAUGCAUUAUUACAACUACAAGAAGCUCGACGAGGAGGAGAGGAAGAGGCAGAGUGAAGCCAUGAGGAUGAGGAGUGGACUGAGCGUGAGGGUGGAGGGAGAGGAGGAACAUGUCAAAAUGAGCCAGGUUGAUGAGACAGCAGAUGAGGCAGAUGGCUGAACCUGCUGACCGUCAUUUCAUUCUAAUGAGUGUGUGAGAGACGAUGCUGCGUGGGCAUUACUAGAGGACAUACUGUAUUCUGGCUAUGAUUGAUUAAAACAAUUUUAUAUUUAGGACUUGAACUGCUGGAUUGUUUGGACUGGUUAUAUUUUCUGGCACAUAUCUGUAGAUCAACAUUUGGUAUUUUUAAUGGGUAUUUUAUACGUGUAGUUAUUCUUACAUUAUGAGACAGCCGUGUGUGGCCUUGGAAUACAAAUCAUCCAAAAAUUCCCUGUUCAUUCAGUGAUAUUAUUGCUAUGGCUAUAUAUAUAUAUAUAUAUAUUGAUGUGAUUCCUGCUUGCUGCUUCAGAAUAAGUGGAACUGUCCUGAGGGGCCGGUGCAAAAUAAUGAGUCAAAAUCUACAACAUACUGAACCAGGCUUGAAAGAGGGGAAUGGGUGUAUGCUGUACGGGUUAAUGCCAUCUUUUCACCACUAGAUGGCAUUAAACACUAUCAUGAAAGAUGUCAAACUGCCACCACACUACACAAAAACAACAGGCCAUUUCAUUGAAGUAAUUUGGCCUUUAGAGUACAAUGUGUCACACACCAUGUAAUCUCACUUUUUCUGGCAUAAAGGGUACCCAAGUAAAUUUUUAUUUAUUUAUUUAUUUUUUGUAUUUCCCAUAAUCGAGCGUUUGUUUUGUGUAUUUUAUAUACAUCCAAAUGUGCAGGGCAACAUCCAACAUAUACAGUAGGCGUAUUACAGAAAAUAAUCCGUGUGUGUAUUAUAAAGAACCUAAUAGCCUUUAA